AUGGAGUCUAAUUUUGGAUCCACCGAAUCAGUACAAGCAUUUCCAUACAGUUCUGAGGAAAAUAGUUCAGAUGAAGAAGUGAAUGAAGAAGCUGCUGAAGAAACAAUUUCGACUGAAGUUGAUGAAGAAAUAGCAACCAUCCAUGUGCCUCCUGAAAAGAAGAGAAAGAACAAGUUUGAGGAUACUGGUGCCGAGUCAAGGAAGAAGAGGUUACUUUUCCAAAGAUUAACCGAUAAAUAUAGAGAUCUUGAAGAGAAAAUGAAGACCUGUAUCCAGGACAUGUUUAAGUCUUCUUUCACUUCCUUGGCGCUUGAUGUACGUGACAUAAUUGAAGACCGCUUUACCAAAUUAGAGGAGAAGAUCCUUUCAUGUCAGACACAUGGUGCUGCUCCGGCUUCAACUGAAAUUCCUACUACUUCUCCGGUUUUUACUAAGGCUCCUGCUUCGAAUUUUACUCGUGCUCCUGCUCAUACUUCUACUCCUACUCCAGUGACUGCUGACACUCGUGCUCCUGCUCCUACUCAUAUUCCUACUCUGGUGAUUACUGACACUAGUGUUCCUGCUUCUGCUCGUCAACGCAAAGUUCACAGCGGAGGUCCUGCUACUUAUCGCAGUGCAGCUCCGGCUCCUUCUCACACUGGUGGUUGUCCUUCAAGUGCUGCUAAGGCAAGGUCUCAGACAAAGGAUGCAAAUUUGUUUGAUGUGUUUGGAAGCUUAUUUGACAAAUUAGACGUCAAUUUAGGGACCCAAGAGCACCUACAAAAGACAAUGGGCAACCUUACACAAGAGUUAAAAGUUAAGAUUAAGCUUGGGCCAUCCACAUUUGAGGGAGUGUCAUGGAUUACGAAGUUGGAAGAAAUAGUUAUGGAGAAGAUGGAGUCCGAUAUGGUUAGAGUUGAGCUUGAGAUGUCUGAAAAGCUCAAAGAGACGGUCAACUUGGAGAUGGCUAGAGUUGCACAGGAGAUGAAACAGAAGUUAAAGAUUGCGACGGUGGCUAUGGUUGUUUUAUGA